AUGUUUGUUUUACAACAACAACAGAUACAGCUAUAUGGAUAUAAUGCUGAGAUAAAUAAAAACAUUUCACAAGCAUUAAAUGCCCCUCAUGGAAUAGCAGCAUUAUCAAUAUUAGCGCAGGUAACAGAUCAUGAUAACGAUUAUUUGGAUAUUUUAAUACAAGCUGCAAUAAAAGUUCGAUCAAAAGGAAUGACAACACCCGUUUUGAAUUUCUUUCCAAAGGAAUUCCUUCCUGUUACUCCUUCAUUUGUAACAUAUGAAGGGUCACUUACCAGACCCGGCUGUAUGGAGACAGUUACCUGGGUUAUAUUAAAUAAACCAAUACAUGUAUCUCAUAAUCAACUAGAGUCAUUACGAUCUCUUACUAAUCAUGAUAAUAGUGGACAAUCCUUAAUGGAAAAUAAUUUUAGAAUAACUAUGCCAAGCCAUGGUCGACUGAUUAGAACCAACAUCAAAUCUAAAGCUAAAGUGGACGAUUGUUACAGCAUGAAAUUGACGUCAUACGAAGUAAAUAGUAAGUUCAAGGAGGAACACUAAUCCUAAUGUAUAUCACCUAAAGACAUAAAUAUCUGCAUAUGUAAAUAGCUAAUAAAUGUAAAACGGUAUAAAAAGAUAUUUCAAUGGUGACGACAUUCUCAUAAAUAUGCAAUACUUAAAGCAACUGUGAUAUUCAAAAUGAAGAGAACAUUAUACAUCGAGUCCUUCAUAUCUCAUAGCUUCAACACUUCAAAACGGUGCUGUAGAGAGGAUAAAACCUGAAAGUAGGAUGAAGAAUUCAUGGUUCAACAACAUAACUGAGUAUGGGGUAUAAUAUUGUCUUCCAAGGGAUGGUAAAUGAUAGUUUACCAUUCACUAUUACCGCAUCGUGUGCCAAAUUGAUAAAUAUAGACAUAUUUGUUGUGCUCAUAUUUAUAUAUUGAUGAAUACAAUAAAUCAUUUGAAUUGA